UAACAGGUGGUAGUAGAUCUAACACCUGUUUUCCCGUUCCUGUUCUCCUGUUUUUCCGAUUGCACAUGAAUGCACCGUCUCCUUUAAUUCCUCCUCCGGGUGUGAAACAGUCAGAGCCGAUCAGAGAAACGCUGUACAGAACAUCUGUGAACAUCUGUGCUGUGAGAAAUGGCUGCUGGAAACAAUCAGGAGAAAGCCGCCGCUGAUCUCAUGGUUGAUACCCAAGAUAAACCAGCAAUAGUGGUAGCUAAAGAAGUCAUCCCAGCAUACAGACACAGAGACCCAUUAAACAACAUCCACUCAAAAGAUUUUGUGCAAAAGUACAGGAUGCAGUUGAUUAGGAAAGUGGCCGACCCUGAUCCUCUGUUUGAUCUCCUCCUCCAUAAGAAAGUUCUCAGUGAUCAUUCCUAUUCUGAAAUCAAAGCUCUGCCUACUGAUGAAAAGAAGAUGAGUAAACUGCUGAUGGGACCGUACCUGGAGGCCAAACCAGCCUGUGACAUCGUCUACGAUUUCCUGAAAAAGGAACAGCCGUAUCUCGUCUUUGAUCUUUUGCAAAAAUAAACAAAGUUUUUCAAGUUUUGAAGGAUGUGGAGGAAAAUUUGUGCCACAAAAAUGAAAACUAAAGUCACAGUUU